GCUGAUUUCUGUUGUUAUGACAGUUGGAGUGAAAUUGAUAACUGGAUCUUUUGUUUAACAAUCUAAUUGUGUUUGAAUAUUGCUAAUUAUUAAACAAAACACUGUAUUUAACGUUGUUUGAAGUAUUGCAAGUGUUUGGUAGAGUUGGGGAUUCAAAUUUGAGGAUUUUUGGGUUCAAAGAAAAUGACGUCACUAUUUGUUUAGACCUUUGUUUUAAAGUGACGCAGUUUGGUUGGAAAAUGUUAAAUUAAUAUUAAUUCUUUUAGAGAAGAAUCGAGCCAAGUUCAAGCGAAAAACAAAAAUGUCCGCGGAAUCGCCCCACACGCGCAGUGAGCUGCGCAGUGGCCCCUCUGUCGUCACGCCGCAACAGGUCACUGACCCCUCCAUCCUGGACAACGUUGCCGGAUUCAUCAACGACGUCGUACCGAACGCUUACAACGUUCUGCCGCAGGAAAGCAAAGAUCAGAUCCAGUGGGCUCAUUUCGAGAGCAUCGAGUGGGACGAGGCUUCGAGUCCGGAUUUCGACGGGGAGAAAAUUAUCCCGCCGCCGCUGCUCUUGGUUCUGGGCUACUCCAACGGAAUACAGGUAUGGGCGUUACCUGCGAAUGGCGAAGCCAACGAGAUCUUCUCGUGGAGACACGGUAGCGUGAGGGUGUUGAGAGUGUUGCCUAAUCCAUACAUAACAGGCGCACUUGAUGUGGAGGAUAAUUUUGCUGGCAAACGCCCUCUGAUAGCGCUAUGCGAGUCCAACACUUCGGGUUCGCAGUUCUGUUCCGUCGGUUUUUCCUCGUUAAAAACGGGCGAGCAAGUGAAAGUAAUAAAGUUCAAAAACCCCGUUUUGGACGUGCUGGCCAACAGGAAAUCCGUCGUGGUUACUUUUACGGAGAAGAUAGCGGUUUUUGAUGCCUUUACUCUGGAAGAUAGGCUCACAGUUACCACUUGUUACUUGAGCCCAGGCUUGCAACCUAACCCUAUCGCGUUGGGGACCAAAUGGAUGGCUUACGCGGAAAAAAAACUGAACCAAACUAAAAGGAGUAGCGGGGGAAAUGAAGGGGAAGGAGUACAGAGUUACACCGCCACUGUUCUGCACGCCGCCAAAUCUCUUGGGCGGGGCUUGAGAGAGCUGGGCGAAAGUGUCGCUAGUAGUUUGACGGGAAAUCAAACUUUUAAGCCGGGUAUUUCCCCUAAUAGUCCGCAAGGUGGCGGCACAGGUGAUGUCAGCCAAAAGGGCAUUGUGACCGUUUUGGAUAUUGAGAGCGGCAACUUGUUUGUGGACAAGUCCGGCUUCCCGGACAGCGUCGUAGCCCACUUCGCGGCGCACACGGACGCGAUCGUGUGCAUGCACUUCGAUCCCAGCGGGCUGCUCCUCCUGACGGCCGACAAGCGCGGCCACGACUUCCACCUGUUCCGCAUCCACCCCCACCCCGCCGGGCCCGCGCUGGCGGCCGUGCACCACCUCUACGUGCUGCACAGGGGCGACACCACCGCGCGCGUCCAAGACAUGUGCUUCUCCCCCGACUCCAGAUGGGCCGCAGUCAGUUCCCUGAGAGGUACAACGCACGUUUUUCCCAUCACCCCCUACGGAGGGAACGUCUGCUUGCGCACGCACGGGACCCCCCACGUGGUCAACAAGAUGUCGAGGUUUCACAGAUCUGCGGGUUUGACCGCCGAAGGAAGGUCGAACAGUCCGGUGUCACUUUUCGAUAUCCCGGUCAAUUCUACAUAUCCAUACAACAAUCCGAGAUUUCCACCGUUUCCGCAUCCUACAGUGGUCAACCCAUUGGCUCAAAUCAGGCAACCCCUGUACACGCAGAAUGUGGCUGUGGUUCCCCAGAGACAACCACAAGCAGGGCGGCAGCGGCUCCCGUCCUCCUCUGAGGAGAACAUCGCGCUGCGGCUCGCGACCUGCUUCGCUCCUCCGCGCGCCUGGAUCGACAGCGCGCCGCUCCCGCGCGACCCGCCGGCCAGCAAGAGCCCCGCCAAACCGGUGGAAUCUCUGUUCGUGAUGUCGUGCAACGGAUGCCUCGUGCAGUACGACCUCGAGCCGCACCACAGCGCCAGCAUACCCAGGGAGAAGGUGUGCGACGAGUCGCCGAUAGAUCUCGCCGUCGUCGCCAGAGCGCAGUGGGUGCUGCAAAGGCAGCACAACCACACCGACGUGCCGCUGCCCUUGAGCCACGACAGCCUCUCUUACGUCAUGCAGGAAGUCCAGGUUUAUAAAAAGAGUAGGCCAGAUCAUAAUGACGACAGUUGGCUGAGCCAGGUUGAAAUUGUUACGCACGCUGGACCGCAUAGGAGACUUUGGAUGGGGCCUCAGUUCACGUUUAAAACGUACACCACAACUAAUGGGUCCCCUCUAUCUAUGACCUUGAUGGCUGAAGCCCUGCCAAUCGAUUUACGACGCUCGAAACCCGUAAACAUGCCCAUAACAAAAGCCAACGCGGUCCUCAUAGAGUCCAGUUCCGCCAACAGCUGUGAGCAAUCCCUACUGGACAACUACCAGAAGGUUUUCGAGGAGCCUGGGGGCCCCUGCGAAGUCCAGUUGCGGGAAGAUUUGGCCGACGCAAUGAUAGAAUCUCCUUUCACCAAGGAAAGUGGUGGCCGUUGCGUGAUUGUUUCGAUGAUGAAACCUCCCAGUGUUGCCAAAGUCGUCAACCCACUCGGCACCGUCGUAACCGUGCAAUCGGAGGACGAAUCGGAAGCGAUCCAAAACGAAGAAGCGGUUAUUUUGGAGAACUGCGACGAAGCCCUUUUCAGGCCUGUCGUAACGCCCAAACCGGUGCACUACACCGACAUGGUCAAGACGCACAGCCCGGAUAACAUUGUCACCAAGAAUUUGGACAGCAAUACCGAGGUUACGGUGAAAAUUUUGAGCAGGAGCGAGAAGAACGUUAAGAAGAUCAAGUCGAGGGAAUCGUCGCCAAAACCGGCUCCCAGAAAGGCGGAAAAACCUCCCAAGGAGUCUAAAAGCAUCCCCAAGGAAUCUAAAACUACUAUUAAAGAACACAAGGAAGCCAAAACAAUUACUAAGGAAGUUAAAGAACCUAGAAUCGAGAAGAAAUUUAUUUGCGAUUUUUCCGACCCAUUUGAUCUCCCUGAACCCACCUUUGCAGAGCAGUUAAUGGAGAUACCAAUACCUGAACCUUUGGACGAUAAACUGUUUGAAGAAGACCUCAAAAAAGAGUUUCCUUUGCUGGAAGAUUCGACUAAUAUUUUCGAGGAUGUUGAUUCUUCCUUCAACAAGAACAAUAAGGAUAGUAAGAGUAGGAAGGAUGUGGACGUGUUUGUGAACCCUGAGGAGCAUCUUGUGGAGGAGAAGAGUUUUUCGAAGAAAACGCGCAAACCGAAGGCUAAAUUGGGUGUGAAAAUCGCGAACGUCAACAAGGAAAAUCUCGAGAAGACUUUGGAGGAUUGCAGUGUGGAAAUAUCGCUGCCAGCGCCCGCCAAAAGGUCUUGGAGCAGCGUGGCGUCGUGCAAAACCGAGCCGGAGAAAAUUUUAAUCGACUCCUCUGAACAAGAGAAGAUCCUGAACUUUGUGGAGCAUUUCUCCGAAGAAAAUCUCAUCAACAUAGAGGAGGAAACCCCCCAAGUCGACUCCCUGAUAACCUCGACCAACUCGCUGAAGAUCGACAGUAAAUCUUCUGACGACGAAAAAAUCUCCCCCACGGAAACGACCGAGAGCAGCGACGAUUCCCCCACCACGCUGCCUCAAGGCUCGAGCGGCAACGACGAGGACGCGGCAACGCUGAAAACCACUGCGCAACUGUCGCGCGCAUCCAAACGCAAGCUCAAGAAGAAGCGGAAAUAACGCCGCGUUGCCGGAUCUCCGCCGAUUCUCGACGAUUCUUUCGUGUUGAAGUUUGUCGUCAUGCUGCGCGUGAUUAGGUGCGGCGUUGUCGGGUUGUACGCGCGGCUUUUGAAGGCCGUGCGCGGACUUUGAACAAGGGUCGUUCCGAGGAAAAAACAUUUAAAGUGUUUUUUUCCUGGAGCGAUCCUUGGAUAUUUAUUAAACGUAGCCUAGCUAUAUUUAUUCGUACUUAGUAUUAUAAGUAUGUAUUUUGACAACGUUUAAAUUAAAUUAUGCAGGGUAUGACAAUUUGGCGUGACUUUAUUAUUAUAGUUUUAUUUAAAAGCGUGAAUUUUUAUCAAUUAAAACUAAUAAAAAAAAUUAAAACUAAAAAAUCCCACAUUAAAAAUCUUAGCUUUAAUAUUAACACUUAUUUUUAUUAAGUUUAAAAAAUACAUACACAAAAACUCCAUCCAAAAAAAAAUAUUAAAAACAGAUUGAGGGUAGUUAAUACAACGUUGCCAUUAGCGUUUUAAGACAUCGAAAAAAUUGGUAAAAAAACUGUUUUCUUCCUUUUUUCUCGGGCUCCGGAAAAAUUCUUUUUUGGGAAAAAUUAUCUAUUUUAUUGGAAAAUGUAAAAAAACAUAUUUUAUUAAAAGGAGAAUUUUUUAUGUCAUAUAUAAAAAUAUGCUUAAUUUUUUACUUAAUAAGGCAUUUCAUAUCUUUUUUUCAAUUUUUAAUUCGUUCUAGAAAGUUCAGAAAAAAUGUCUUAAAUUUUUUUCCCGUUGACCCAAUUUUUCCGGAAUUUUUAAACACGAGUUGCUAUCACCUAAAUGUAACCCUUAAAAAUGGCGACACUGUAAAAAGUGUUGUACCAAUCAAAAAUUACUAAUCUUUACAAUUUAUUUUCAUAGCACUAUUACCAUUCCUUCAAAUCGUCCCAUUUUUUUCAAAAAAUAAUUUAAAUUAGCUAAAAACUUUUAAUCUUUAAAAUGCUCUGUAAGAUUGUAAAAUUAUGUGAUAAUUGGGACAAUAUACUACAAACUAUAAAUGGCAACAUUGUAAAAAACUACAUAUUAAAAAAAAUCCUAAAAACUAUUUUCUCAAAACCCUGCAUAACAAGGGCGUAGCCAGAAUUUUUUCAUGAGGGGAUAUUUUUUUGUUUUCAGGAUACCCAAAAACUCCAAAAAAGCAUUUUUUUCAAUUUAAUCAAAAAACAGAAAAUUGGCUAUUAAAAAAAAUUACAACACUGUUGCAAUAUUUUUUAAAAUUUUGUAAGACUAUUAGUUUUGCUGCCAGGGGGUUGCUCCUCCCUGCCUCCCCUGGCUAAACCCUUGCUACAUAAUGUAAUUUUUUAGUUUUUUUAUUUGGUUUAAAUGGUAAUUUUAAAAAGCAAAAAUACAAUGAUUGAUUACAUAUCAUUUGAAAUACUUAAAGUUAAUAUUUUUUCUUGUAUUAUAUUAAUGAUCUUGCCUAUGGUACCACAUUUAAUUUUAAUUGUAAAUAAUUUAUUUAUUGAUUUUACAGUAACUUUUAACUUAAGAUCAUUCUCUGUUAUUAUUUUUAUUGUUUCAUGACAACUUAUUAGCUGUAAACAAUAUUAACCCUACCUACAUACUUAACAACAAUUUAUAAAAUUAUUUUUUUUGUUAUAUUUUUUUUUUUAAAUUUUAAAAAAGCCUUAUAUUAAUAAAUUAAAAAAAUUUCGAUAAAUGUAUUGAUGUUUUUAAGCGUUAUAAAAUUUAAUUUAUUCAUGUUUUUAUUUUUUUUAAUGUCGCCAUUUUUUGUUAAUUUUUUUACACCUGUACAAAUAAAUCUUGUAAAUAUCGACUUAAUGUAUUGUUUUUGUAGAACCAAAUAAAACGAUCUCAUAAAAUAAUUAGUGUUUUUAUAAUACCCCGCAAAAUUUUGCAAUAUGAAGCAAGACAAUUCAAAUAUUAAAUUUUUUUUAGGUGGUGAACAAUCAACUACAGAUGGAGUUUAUAAAGAUAUUGAAGACUUGAGUUCUAGCAGUUUUAGUUCGGCUAGUAGAGCCUCUUCAACUCCUUCCUUUGGGGAUCACAUUUUACAUUUUCCUGGGGAUUCUAGCAACUCGAUGUAAAAUGAAAAAAGUGUUUAUUUUUGUUGAAAUAUUAUUUUUUGAGCAUUUAGUUAAUUUUUUUUGAAGUUAGGUACUUUUUAAAUGCCUGUGUGAUCAAUUUUGUUACAUUUUCUCGGGUUUUUAAUUUACUAUAUAUACAAAAUUGUUUAGUUUAUUUGUAUACUUACAGGGUGUUUUUAGGCACUCUGCGUUAUGAGAAUUUUUCUUUGUUCCUUGGGUAGAUUUUUUUGAAAAGACAUAUGAUAUAUCAAACAACUAAUAGUGAGUAUAAAAUAUUAAGAAUAAGAUUUUCAUAAUCAUAGGAAUUAAAUUUAAUAUUAUAAUAGUGCCAAUUUAAAGGGAAAUUUUUUUUAAUGGAAGAAUUUGUGCAAUUUUUAUACUAUUUUAUAUAUAUACACUUUUCCUUGAUUUGUUUUUAAAAUACUGCAAAUUUUCAACAUUCCAAAACAGGACAAAAAAUUCAAAAAAUAUAUUUGCAGCACAAUUAUUAUAAUUCAGAGUGGCAAUAUAUAUUAUACAAAAUAUUUAACAUAUACAAUAAAUAUCUCAGAUUUUUAUUUCCUUAUUCGAAAAAAUAAUAUAACUCUUAAGUAAGGUCUUAAAAUGGCAUUUGGUUUUGAAAAUACAACGUUGCCAAGUUUUUUACACUUAAACGCCAAGUAGUGCGUUAUGUUUGAAACACCCCGUAUAUAAAACAAAAUUUUUAAGACACCGUGUAUAUAACAAAAUCUAGUCAACAAUUCUUCAUUCCUUACAAUAUUUAUAAACCCUUAAUUUUCCAAAAUUCUGAGAUAUUUUACUUUUACACCUUGAAAACAUUUUGUAAAAAUGCUUCCAGUGUCUAGUGCUUUUCUAUCUUUAACAUAUACAAUAAAAUUGUGAUUUAAUAGAGGUGAUACUUAUAGAAAUAAAACGAUGAGUUUGUUUUUCAAAAAUGAAAAAAAUAAAUAGUACAAACCAUGAUAUGAAACAUCGAUAAGCAAACCUAACCCUAAAAUAUUUAAAGGAACAGGACGAUUUGUAUUUUUUAUAUACAUUAAUGAUAAUUAAUAUAGCAUGUAUAGAUAUUUUGUAAAGAAACAACGUAAAUAUAAAGUUAAAG